CUGUGGGUUCACUGCGCAUCUUACCCACAACACAGCAGUGAGCGCGUUUGCACAUUGCGUUUCCUAUUCCAAUAUUGCCUGAAUUUAAGUGUUCUUAAAUCUGAAAUGCCACCAAAGGGAAAAGGUGGCAAGGGUGGAAAAGGAGCUGCUUCGGGAAGUGCAGAAGCUGACAAGAAAGAAAAGGCUCCAAAGGGAGGCACCGCUGUAAAGGUUCGACACAUCCUCUGUGAAAAACAUGGGAAGUGCAUGGAGGCUAUGGAGAAAUUAAAGGCUGGAGUCCGUUUCAGUGAAGUAGCUACACAGUACAGUGAAGACAAAGCUAGACAAGGAGGGGAUCUGGGGUGGAUGACGCGAGGAUCGAUGGUUGGACCUUUCCAGGAUGCAGCUUUUGCCCUGCCCACUAGUUCCAUGGACAAACCUGUAUACACAGACCCUCCUGUCAAGACAAAGUUUGGGUACCACAUCAUUAUGGUCGAGGGUAAAAAGUGAUGGACAUAGCAAGUGGGAAACGGACUAUUUCCUGAUCUUACUGGUUCACUGCAACAUUUGAUUUAUAUUUUACUGGUGUUAAAGAAAGAUACAAAUCUGUGUCUUUGUUAACUUGCACACAUUACUGACAAUUCAGCGUGAUGCUGUGGAAAUCGAAUGACAAAUAAAUAAUUUCACACAAGA